AUGCAAGAUAGUUAAAACUUGAAGGACUUGCAAGUUCAAUUAACUAAAUUCAUCAGCAGAUUAGAGGAACUGGAGAGGGAGAACAAGUACUUGAAGGAACAUGUGUUGAAUCAAUAAUACUAAUUGGUGUAGAAUGUAAAGAUUAUUGAUAACAAAUAUUAAUAAAUGCAUCGUAAAUAUCUAAAAUGCCUAUAUAGGUAUGGCAUAUCGUAAAGUUGUCUCACAAGCAUGAUUUCGCAAUAUAAUAAAUUGAUUGGAACUGAAAAGAUGGAUUUGAAACAAUGCAUAGACAGGUUUGGAGUAGUGUAUGAGAAGGAUAAGAUUAUAAAUGAGGAGGAGAUGAAGAGUAUAAUAAAGGAGAGAAUUUCAAAGGAUAGCGAGGAAAUAUAAACCUUAUUCUUCCCAAACAAAUUCUAUCGAAACGAAUGCUUAAGUGAAAAAGACUCAUUGUAAGCCUGCUUUAAUAACUAGAUAAAAUACUUGUACAUUCCAAUCAUUGCAAUCGCAACGUUGUAAAAUUUAUACACUGAAAAUUCAGAUGAAACUAUUAUAAAUAAUCUAACUACUCAGAGAUAUUUGGAAAAAUUAUAAUUUGAUUAUCAAAAUGAUUAAACUUUGCAUUAUCCAAAGACAUUCAAAGUUGAAAGACUACUCUAGCAAUCCAAUAGAGAUCCGAACACCCAAAUCUUGACAGAUAGGUCUAUGAGGAUGAAGUAGGAAAGAAGGGCUGAGAGUAGGGCAGAACAGACUCACAAUUCAAGAUUGGAUGUGAAAUGUUCACCAUAAAAAUAACUAAAUUUAUCGAUUAAUGAGGAUAGAGUGAAGAGAUUUGAUAAUCAUUAAGAAAAUGAAGUCAAAUAGUAGAGGAGAAGAUCAAGAGCAGAGAGACUGAAUUUAUAACCAUGA